CCAUAAUGAAAUAUUUAAUUUUGUUGGUAAUUAAUUUUAUUUUUAUAUUCAAUAAUGUUAAUCAUGUGGACUGUAAGAGUAUGGUGCCCGUGCUCUCAUUGGAUCAAAAACCUGCACCCAUCCCGGAAAAUAAGACUCAAGAGAAAUUAAAGUACCUACCAUUUAUAAUGCUGAUUGACAAAGACAUGGACACGAGUGAGUACUGGCGCGAGACCGAGAUCCUCUCUCUGGUGCGAAACAACGAGAUUGGGAUCGACUAUGACAAAUGUGAACAAAGUGCCCCCGAACACAGCGUGGUCGAAAUUGCCAGUCUAAGAACUGUGAGACCCAUUUGUAAGAACCGGAUCGAUUACCAGCUGUGCCCUCAGUGUCCUCAUUUCAACAACCACACUGAAUGCGAGUUGUUCCGAGAAUCGUGCAAAGAACGUCGAGUCCACCCAUCCGAGUAUCGUUCAUACUGCGAUCGCAAGUACGGAAAGUUUCGUACAAUGUUCGUACCAGCUGACUACUCGCAGUGCAGGUGUUGCGAUGAGUGCAUUUUUUAUAGAGAAUUGGACCAAUCUUGCGUGGAAGACGAGUACAGUUUCGAGACAGAAGAAUUCCUGCCUGUCACAACUAUAGACUUCAGAGCUGGUUGCAAUCCUUAUUGGGGUCAUCCCGAGCAAGAGUUCAGAGCGCUCCGAUGUGAUAGAGUGUUGCGUAGAUGUGUUCCCGUGACUGUUCCUCAACUGCCUAAUGAGACUUUGAACAUACGUCGUAGCUACCGCUACGAGCCUGCUACGACGGACGACUGUCCUAUAUCCUGCCGCGGCUUUGACUGUUUGGGGGGGUUGGUAAGGGAGCAGGACUGCGUGAUGGGGGGAUUCUUACCCGACAAGGAACAAUGCAACUGCUGCGGUAGAUGCAGUGUAUAUCAUCAAUUGAAUGAAAAGUGCGCUGAAUUCAAGAAGACCUACCAGAAAGUGAAUGGGACUGUUGAGAUUGAGGUGGAAGAAGAGUUUUUGGAGCCGGGUUGUGAUGAUGGUCUGGUCUGCAGACAGGGUCGCUGCCAGGACAUACACACGGUGCGACCAGUCGGGACCCGCAGGAAGAGAGAUGAGGCUGAUCAACUGGCUAAUGAGCCUUGUAAGCGAGAGCUGAAGUACUUCAAGAAGAAGUAUGGCCCCGACGGCCACCUCCACUACAACGCGCCGCAGUGCACCCCGCUGUGGCUGUAUGCUCCUGUACAGUGUCGUCGUUUCGUGUGCUACUGUGCUUUAGAAGACGGGAGCUUCAUCCUCGGCAUCAAAGUUCCGAGAGUUGAAGUCUCCAACAUGAAUUGUGACUGCGCCCGCGAGAAAUGUCGCACUGGCUCUGUCGUGGAGUGCGACGGUUACGGUAACUACCGGGAGGCUGUGUUCACGCCGCACCUGGACGAGUGGAAGCCGGGGGACGAGAAGAUUGAAGUGGUGCAUUUGACAUCGGAAUCGACACAUGUCGAGGAUAUGCCGACCACCGUCUCCUCUCCAAUAUCCGAAAAAUAAAUAUUGUUUUAUUAUACCUUACUGACU